UCAUGGGGCUUACGUGAAAAUGUGGAGACUUUGGUCCUUUCCUUGAUUAGGCGACGUGCGAGGGAUCAUGAACUCUGACGAUCACGUCGCGCAAAACUUUCUUCUUUCUCUCUCUCGCUCUCGGGUUUCGUGGAACAGCAAAGGUACAAUGGAAGCGUUUAGAAAAAGCGCGAGCUUGCUUCCACUUGUGGCCAUUUUGCUGGCGGAAAUCCAGUGCUGUUUCGGUCAGAUGUCAGGGAACGAGACGGGCCUACAGUGCUUUGGAAUGCAUGCUCUGAUUGGUGCUGCCGAGCCGACCCCCGUGAAGGCCAUCGCGUUGCUACAAGAAGCUGGCAAUUCAAACGUCACUGGAGUGGUCUAUUUCACACAAAACGCUACAGGAAGUCAUACGGCUCUGCACGGCAUAAUUCAAGGACUCAAACCAGGCUUACACGGCCUUCAUAUCCAUACAUCUGGCGAUCUAAGCAGUGGUUGCAACGUCCUGGGUACGCACUACAAUCCUUUGAACAGGAGGCAUAACGACAAUGUAAAUAUCGAUCGCCAUGCUGGAGAUCUUGGCAACAUCCAGGCAGCCGCCAAUGGCGUCGCCGAGUUCUUCUCUGCAAACUGUGAGAUCCCACUCCGGGGAGCGAAUUCCAUACUCGGAAGAUCCAUUGUCGUGCACGAUCACGCCGACGAUCUUGGGCGGAGCGGGAGUAUAUCUGGGAACGCUGGAGGUCCUGUUGCUUGCGGAAUAAUUGGCGUUCGCUACCACGCAUAGAUUUCUCUUUAUUUUGUUUGCUUUGUUCCCUCGUUCGCGCGCUUUUUCAAAAUUUUAAAUUCAAAAAUAUUGGUUUGCCCUA